GGGCUGGGCUGAGCCGCUCCCGGGUCCCGCACGGGGGAAGGCUUAGUCUAUUCCUACAAUGGAUACACAUGUCAGGAAAAUGGCGUGGUUGGACAAUGAUCAGUAUUUGGAAAAAAUUGGGGUGACAAAAUUCCAUCUAGAGGAUGAUCAUCUGCUGUGGCAAGAUGUAGGAGCAGAAAAUGGAUUGCUGGGAACAGAUAACAGCAAGACACAAGAUGUGCUGGUUUCCAAAGCAUUUACAAAUCCAGCACCUUGCAGCUUCUUCCCAAAGCCUCCAAAGCACGAAGGGCCAUUAGUUAUUCAAACACCAGGCAUCCUGGCCAAAACCUCAGCAGACUGGUUAAAAACAUAUGGACUGAAAGCUAACAAGUUAGACCUUUAUCAAGUUUUGGCUCCCAAUGCUUUCUCUCCUGUGGAAGAUUUUGUACCUAUUCUYAAAAAAAGAGUAUCAUCAACUCUACAUGAGAGAGUGAUGAUGCAGCUUGAAUGGUAUGAUGGAACUGUGAAAAAUAUCCAUGUUGACCUGCCAGCAUUGUACAACUAUCAGAAACUCCUUGCUAAAAUGGUAGCAAUCUAUAAGAGACGAAUUGACUGGCUAUCGGUUGCUAGCAGAAGAAUAUGGGGAAGUGUUUGUGAAAAAAGGGUGGUUAUACUUGUUGAUAUAUCAGUAACAAACUCUACGUUCAUCUCUCAUAUCCAACAUUCUUUGCGACUUUUACUUGAGGAACAAAUGUCAAAUAAGGAUUGCUUCAAUAUUAUAGCAUUUGGGAGUGACAUUGUGCCUUGGCAGCAGGAACUGCUUCCUUCCCAACCAGAAAACUUACAAAAGGCUUGGAGGUGGGUGUUGAGCUUGCAGUGCAAGGGCAGCAGGAAUUUCAUGGGUGCGCUCAGGAGAGCUGUGGAAGUUGACUUCAAAGACAAAGAUAAACACAAAUCCCAGGGACUGUACCUGCUGACUACUGGAAUACCUGAUCAGGAAACUCACACAAUCAGUGCUUAUGUGGCUGAGGUCUGCACAGGUUUUGAUUUACAGCUCCAUGUCUGUCUGUUCAGUGGGAUGAGGGGCACUGACUGCAGUGGGAUUAUCCCAGCCCGUUAUGCCAACCCAAGGGAAACUGCCARUGCCUUUAGAGAAAUUGUGCAGGCAGCCAGAGGGAGGUUUCAUUGGUGUGGAGAAGAAGGUAUUUUUGAAAGUGAUGAUAUUACCAGUAUUAUAUCUGAAAUGGAAAAAGCAAGGAACUAUUCCCAAAAGUGUGCAUUCCUGGUGGAGUCCUUAAAGCAACGCUCAGUGAAUCAGAGUGUGAAACCCCUUCCACCAGAAGGGAACUCAAAUGUGCUURUGAAAAAGGAGAAAAAGAAGCCACAGAAGGUGCCAUCUCCUAAAGCCACAGCUGUGCUUAAGGAUGUUAAAGACAACCAUGGUGCAGAGAGAACUACUCCUGUAAGAGCGUGGCGUCCUCCCAGUGCCAAAGCAGRAAUUCCACCAGCACAAGCAGUAAAAGAAUGGCUUCAGACUGAGAAUAAAGGAAAGCACAAAGGAAGGAAGCAGCCAGAGCUUUCUGUGUCUGUAUUUUACACUGGUGAAGGAAGAAGUGUGGGUACAGCGUAUCAGAAGUAUCCAAAGACAAUGUGCAGAAAAAAGGCUGUUUCCUCUGUCACACUGCCAGAAGAAGAGGAAAUCUGUUCAAGCAAAGAGUGGCUGAGCAAGUACAGUCUUAAAAAGCUUCGACUGGAACUGCCACGACUGAUGUUUGGUCCAGGCUGUACCCACCAGAAGAAAACUGUGGAGUGUCUGCACAAGAAAGUCUCAGCCAAAUACUGUUCUAUCUUCCCUAGUGCAGAAAUUAAUGGGGUUGUGAAGCAUCUGCAGUUCCAACCUAAAGAACUGGAAGUGUACAGAGAGCAGCUGGAGAAGGUGCUGCAGCGUUAUAUCCACAGGAUGCAGUGGCUUCUCUCAGGGAGCCGCAGAUUGUUUGGUACCAUUUUAGAAGCAAAUGUUUGUGUUGUGAUUGACACAUCCGGUUCCAUGGAGCCGUAUUUGCCACAGAUCACCAAAGAACUCACCUCCCUCAUCUGGGAACAGCUGAGAAGAAAUGGAGUCAGGUUUAACCUGCUGAGAUUUGCAGAACAUGCAGAGAGUUGGAAAGAGCAUCUUGUGAAGGCAACAGAUGAAAGGUGUCACCAGGCUGUGCAGUGGGCUUGCACGUGCCAUGCUCAUGGCAACUCCAGCAUCCUUCCAGCUCUGCAGAAGGCUCUCUGUUUCCAGGGUGUGGAGGCACUGUAUCUAUUGACUGAUGGAAAACCAGACACCAGCUGCAGUCUGAUUUUGAAAGAGAUUGAAAGAUUGAGAAAGAAACAAGAUAUUAAAAUCCACACCAUUUGUUUUAGCUGUGCAGACAGAGGAGCUGUUGAAUUCCUGAAGGAGCUUGCUUCCCAAACUGGAGGGCGCUUCCACUGCAGCUCUGGAGAGGAGGAUGGACAGUUAACAGCACUCCAAAUGCUGACACAGGGGCUGCAUGAUGAACAUGAUCCAGUUUUCCCUUACUUUGAAGGAGAUGAUUUAAAGAGACUUACUCAAGAAGUAGCAAAAGCUAGAAGUUUCUUAAAGCAAGCAGAAUCUUGGAGAUUGUUGCUUGAGAAAUGGAACACAAACCAAAAGGAUAAUUCUGGCUUUCAAAAAAGCACUCAGCUUUGCAGCAAGGAAUAAGGAUCUGCAUCUUCUGUUCCAUCCUGGCCUGGACUURGAGCAUGACAAGGCCCAAGCAGCAGCAGCUCCAAAGGAACAGGAACAGCAAAAGGGCCGAGCACACGUGAAUUGUCGG